AUGAAAGAGAGGGCGUGGGCCACUAGCACCGUGUCGGGAGAAACAUCCCCUCGACGUCCAUCAACCACGGCGCAAACGCCAGCACCAACGGACCCCCUCGUGGAGGACGACUAUUACACCGCGCCCCCGCCGCCGCAUUCACCCUCCGAAGCAUCUCCCUCGAGCUCCGUCGGCCCACCACCUUUCUUCUCUCUCUUCUUCUCCCCCCACGAUUUCGAUUCCAAUCGCCUCGAGGUCACCGAAUCCUCCGCCUCCGCUUCGCUCCCAGCUUUUGCGCCGCCCCCUGUUGAGGAGUCGCUCGGCCCGGCCCCUUCGUCUUCAGACGACGGAGAACCGCCGCCUCCCUACACCGAAGGAUACAGCCCACUUGAAUCCUUCACCUACGUUAUGGCAGCCGCUGGUGGAGCUUCUAGCAUCAUCACCCAGGUCCAGCAGACCGGGGGGCCGCCGAUCAACACCCUUGGUGAUAUCGGCGGAGAUGAGCACAUCACUCUCGAUCUUCGGGGUACCCGCUUUACACUAUCCCGAGAUGAACUACUGACCUUGCCCGAAUUUGUAUUGCUAUCUCUCUUCCCCAAUGGCCUUCUUCCCGACGGGCACAUUGGUGGAUUCCAUGAAGGAGAUAUCUACCCUGUCGACUAUGACCCUCUCUCCCUUCAGUACAUGUUGGACUUCUUCCGCACGGUGGCUCAAUCCAUCCCAUCAACGACACCUUCCGAGUCGGCAUCGCCGGAGCUAGAAAUGCCCGACGCAAUGCAGAACUCGGCGCGCGAUAUGCUUCAGGAUCGCGCCGGUAUCAUCGUCCUCCGUGAAGACUUGGACUUUUAUGUUAUUCCGCCUCGACCUGAGAUUGGGCACGAAGAGAUGCUUGAGGUUAAGCGGGCUGCUGGCCGAGCCCUUUUGAGACAGGACGGCAUUUUCUCCGGACUGCGUAAAAGCGAGGAGGUUGGAUCUACAGAACAACAUUUGAUCGAGAUGCUGACUGCUGGUGGCUUUGAUCGUGAGGACCAAUGGGGCCAUCGGGCUCCAGAACCCAAUAAGGCGGUCAUCUGCAGUCUGGCUUUGGCGAAGCUUCGCACCGACAUUCGAGGAGAUCUGUCUAACAACAAUUCCGUCGGCAUGGCCCAGAAACUACUUCUUUUCUGGCGAAAGCCCGCCCGCCGGUGCUGGUGGGAGGGAAUUGACCUCGAUGAUGUGGAAGGGGUGGAGGGCCAAGUCAAGGUCUGGGUCCGGAGGGUCUGGACGUUGGAAAUGAGUGUAAUCGGUCUCCGGUGA